CAAUGGUGGUGGCCGUAGUGGGACCUUCUGUGCCUGCAACAUCCUCAUCGAGAUGAUCCAGUAUCAGAACAUGGUAGACGUAUUCUAUGCUGUCAAAACUCUACGCAACUGCAAACCCAACAUGGUCGAGUCUCUGGACCAGUAUCGAUUUUGCUAUGACCUUGUCCUUGAGUACUUGGACUGCUUUGAAGGCAGAUAGCAACUAAACGUUUACGACAGCAGCAAAUUCCCACGCGCUGGAGACAAAGGUCACCCGGUGACCCCCCAUCUACUUAAAUGUUUGGACCUGUGAAGUUGGCUUUGAAAGGACUGCAGAGGAACGAGAGCAAAGAAAAAAAACAUGGUCAAGGUUCUGACUUUUAACCUUUAAUGUACAGCUGUGAUUUCCUCCUUGUUGGUGAUGUUUAUCUCUUUUGAUAUUUUUUUUUUGUGCUUUUCUCGGUCCUAUUUGCCUCUUGGACUACAUCUUGUAUGUGCUAAGGGUUUCUGUAGCAGCAAAACAAUAUUUGGAGCUGCAAUGUGGACCUCUCUCUUCAAAGCAAGGGUCACCUUGGCUGUGUUUCAUCAUUUCAUUCGUACAAACCGAAGACGCUGGAUCUAAUUCUGGAGUUACAGCAGCAUUAUUUAAACGUGGAAGAGCUACAUAAAAUAACGGUCCACUGUGCUCGUGGCAUGACUUAUCUACCAUACCAUAAACUGCCUUAUUCUCUAAUGAUAGGACAGAUUUAUUGAAACCACCAAAUAAAUCGAUAAAGUUUUUCACCUGGGGUAGAAAACAAGAACAAGAGAUUUUAAGAGACCUAUAUUGUAAAGCAGACCAGCCCAGUAUUCAACAGUAUUGAUGCAGAAACUGUACAGUAGUGCAAUGUGUUGUAUUUUCCCAUAAUGUUUGUGCUGGAUUACCAUGUGUGCUACAGGUGGGCGUUACUGGCACUGAGCCUGGUGCCACCGAGGGAGAUUCCUGUCUCGUUACUGUCACGGUGCCAAUCCCACUGACUGACUUGAAUCCUUUGCUUUGUUCUACUGCUUCAUCUUGAUAUAUGCCUACAAACAAACACUAUGUACUGCAUCAGCUAAUGUUCUCGCUCUGAAGUGAUUGUUUGUACUUUAUACUCACCGAAGACAGCAAAAGGAGAGGAUGGCGAAAGCUGUUUGAAAGGCAUCGAGAUGCCACAGUGUUGGUGUGAAAAAUGAUGCGCCAUUAAUGCUGUGGUGAAAUGUCUGAACUGGUGCGGUCACACAGGUCUCAGUCUGCACCUCUUCUACUCAUUCAUUGUCCGAGGCGUUUGGUUGUGCUGUAAAAACAAAAAAAGUCUAAGAAAAGCAAAAAGAAAAUCGGGGGUAGGGGGCACUAAGAUGGGGUAGAUGGUGGGAGUGCCAUCUUGGGUCACCGCUCAUUGCUGAACAUAUUUUUUUGAUUGCAGAAAUGUGGUUUUAAAAAAGUAGUAAAAGUAAGAAGCUGUUGGCCACAUACCCUGCUGCUGACUUACCGCAGAGUUGAUGGAUAAACAAAAUCCACUCUUUUUCAGCUGUUGGCCAGGGCCUGGAGAGCACUGGAACUCUUCAUGCCUGAAUCAAUGUAAGAAGCAGUCAGGUUGGGAUUUGUGAUACACAUAAUGAUCAGAGACAACUUUGAAACAUGCUCUUGCAAAGACCCCAUUACACAGAGGAAGAGAUUUUUUUUUGCGUUAUAGCCACAAAAAUAUCUCUAAUAAGCUCCAUUAGAGAUAUUUUAAAACAUAGGCCUUUUAAAAUAUGUUAUGCGCCAACACAUCUCCCGAGACUCCUUUAAGUAGAGGUUUUCAGGGAGGGUGGUAAAGGUAUCACUCCAGGACAUAUCCUAAUGAACAAGGAGAGACAGCUUGAAGCCUGCAGAAGCUGAGAAAGGCAACCCUGCUGCUAGUUUGCAGCUCACACUCUGGUUCAGGUGGGAUAACCAGAAUAUGUGAGCAAUCUAACAGUAUACAAACAUCACCAGACUCCCACAGAUUCUCAAAUAGAGCAGCUUGUUUGUGAUGAGGAAGAAGAAUGAGGUAGCUACAUUGUAGUCAGUGAUCUGGCAAAAGAUUGCUGAAGGAAGUGCCUGGACACUUUUUUUGUUAAGGGUGGAAGGAAUAUGUAUAUACAGAUGUAUAUUAUGUUAUGUGAAUAAUAUAUUAUAUGUUUGCCCAGAGUAAAGACGUAUAGUAAGUAACCACAACAUAACCAUAAAGCUGAAUGUUGCUGUAAAUGAGCAUUUUGUGAGUUUUUGUCAGAACUUUUAACGACGAGCGUUCAUCCCAGCGCUGCGAGCGAAGCGGCUCAUGAGGCGUGUUCGGGCGCUCGUUAAGCUUUGCAUUUCAUUUCAGUGAUUUCAGAAUAACCCGAUCCAUAUGAUUUGUUUCAACCUUUAGCCACGACUGUGAGUGCAUUAUACUUUUACCAUUCCAAAGCUUUUUAUUAUGACUAUUUCUGAGUGACAACUGCCAACACAGGAUGUUUGAUUUCACUUGUUGUUUUCUGUAUGAACCAACAGUACAUGACUACUGUGUUUUUGAUCAUUGUAUUUGUGGGGACAUGGUGUGUA